AUGAGCUGUUUUCAUACCAGACGGAAUUCAGCAGCAGGCUGGACCACAGCGGACCACUUGUUGGGGGAAGUGGCCCUCAGACAGGCUGGCACUCUUGGCUUAAAAGAUGCACACCUCUCUCUUGAAUUGCUGUCGUGUUUUUAUUGCUUGAUUUUACUUGAGAAGAACUGUUUGAAUAUCAUGAAGGCUCUCUGGGAAAGUGAUUGGACCCAUUUGAAUUGUGCGCUUAGCACCAGUGAUGUAAAUGUGCCUGUUUGUAUUUUGAAAUUUAACUGUGUAGCCUUACCACACCUCUCCUACAAGCUGACUUUUGUGCUCUUCAGGGCUUUCCCUGGGCCACGCUCUCGGGCUCGCGUGGCUCCUCGCGCAGAGCUUGUGCGGAGGCAGGGCCUCACGCCGUCGCGUGCUCCUUGGACGAGAAGCCUUUCUCAGAAGUCCUCCCACCUAGGUGGGUGA